AUGCGGUGGCAACCGCGGAUCACCAGCGUAACGACCAUCAGUGGAGACACGUUCCGGUGUACUGGAGUCGGCGAGGUGUCUGUGGAGACUCCUGCUGGCCUGUGUGCCAGACUCGAAGCACUGGUGGUGAGCCAGCCUCCCCUGGGCGCGGAUGUUGUACUUGGCAUCGCAGGCAUCGAGGCACUUGGUGGAGUCACGGUGAAGUCUGCCUCUGAUGUUCAAUUCUGCGGCGCUGGACAGCGACGGUUGUGUGGCACCGCUGCCCCUGCGCCAUUGGUGGUGGACGCCCCUGACUUCAGCGUGCAGUUCAACACAGUGAGUCGGACGUGGAUCGUCACGUGGAAGUGGACGAAUGGUGCUGCCCCUGACUGUCUCGGCAACACAGUGGAGCAGUACAACGUGCCCCUUUCCAUGCGACAGGCGUUCUGCCAGGAGCUGGAGUCGUGGAUUACAAGUGGUUGGCUUGUACCUCACGAUGAGCAGCACCUCGGGGGCUUCUACCGCUCAUGGCAGUGCGGCAGAACAAUGGCGGUAAGCGACGUAUGCUCUGACCAACUAAGGAAGUGGCGCCGGCAUGGAGAGAACGUGUCCGUCCUCGACCUACGCAAGGCGUAUCUACAGGUGCGUGUAGAUCAGCAGUUGUGGCCUUUCCAGACCGUGAUGGUGAGAGGUCGGCGGUACUGCUUAACGCGCCUUGGAUUUGGCCUCAACAUCGCUCCACAAGUUAUGAAAGCAGUUGUCAAGACCAUCCUGGCUCAAGACUCUAAGAUCGAACAAGCAGUUUUGCCGUACGUAGACGACCUGCUCGUGAAUGAAGACCUGGUCAGUGCAGAGCAGGUUGCUGCACACUUCGCGAGUUACGGGCUGGAGUGUAAACAGCCAGUCCGUGUGGCGGACGGGGCACGCUUGCUGGGUCUACGCUACCCGGGGCUGGGACGACGUGACGGGGAUGACGCGCUGUGCGAGCAGAUGGAGUACGUGUCAAGCAGGCUGUCCAAAGAAGAUCCGUGCUGUGGGCAAUGGUGCGUGCAUGGAGACCAGGCAGUGGUGUGGACCGACGCCAGCUCUAUCGCUGCCGGUGUUGUUGUGGAAACACCGCAAGGAGCUGCCAUCGAGGACGCAUGCUGGAUUAGAAGAGAUGAGAGCUCCCACAUUAACAUGGCUGAGCUGGACGCAGCAGUUCGUGGCGUCAAUCUGGCCAUCGCGUGGGGCAUGCGAACCAUCGAUCUGCGAACAGACUCUGCGACUGUCUACCGCUGGAUUGACGAUGCGCUGAGUGGCCGGGCACGUCUUCGCACCAAGGCUCAUGGGGAGAUGCUGAUUCGCCGUCGGGUAGAUGUCAUCCGGCAGCUGGUGACGGAACUUGAGCUGGUCAUGUCUGUGACGCUCGUACGCUCCUCAGAGAACCGCGCCGACGCCCUCACGCGAGUCCCAGGAGUGGGUGCGAGCGCCUACCUGUCCCUUGUCGACUGCGGGCCGUCUCGGUUCGCUGUGUGGCGGCACUUACGUCGUCCAGAUGCGGACACCGUCGUCAGUCACCUGGAACAAGUCUUCUGCGAGCGAGGAGCGCCGGCGGAACUGCUCUGUGACAACGACACUGUCUUCCGAGGCCGGCGAUUCGCAGCUUUCGCGGCGCGCUGGGGCGUGUCGCUGCGCUUCAGAGGGGCAUACGCACCGUCUGGUAACGGCAUCGUGGAAAGGAACCAUCGCACGGUGAAGGUGAUAGCAGCGAGGAAGGGCUGCUCCGUUGCUGAGGCAGUCCACCUGUACAACGUGACGCCCCGGGACGGGGAAACUGUGGCAUCAGCUCCCAAGAUGAACCCCCGCUUCAUGUUGACGCGCAAAGCCAGCUGCUGCAGCCGCAGGUGGCUGAACCCCCACCUGAGGCACCACGAGAAGCCGUGCUUCGAAGGAGUACUCGUGAGCGGCACCCUCUGCAGCGAUAUUGUUGUGAUCCUGGAGAUCAGGGGUGUGUAA